GUAGUAGAUUGUGGUUGGUUGCCCGGGGCGGCAGAAGUGGGAGGUGCGCCGCAAACGAGAUGGCGUUGUGUGUGCGUUUGCCCUUCUAGGCCACAAAGGGUGUGGGGGUUCUUGCUCAGUGAUGUUUCGGGGCACCCGGCAUGUCGUUGGAAUAAGGUUGCCGUGGCCGAGAAGGCGUCAAUCAAAGGCUUCCGUGCCAAUGGAGAAGCCGCAGGGGAUCAAGCCCACAAGCCCACGGAACUGCAGUCUGCCAUUCGCUGCCCGGGUCAUACGGCUUUGCAGCCCGAGAAAUGACGCGACCUCGUUGGCGUUGAACCGCAGGACCGGUUCCGGUCUUUUUAUCGUGCGGCGUGUUGUUGGAGCUCAACUCGAGUCGCGACAACACGGCAGUAGUUGGCAGGUUUCACAAGUGAUCAAGGCGUGGCCCGAUGGAUGGAGCUGCCAAUCAACAUCUGUGCCUUACAGCAACAGGGUCGCGUUCCUACCGGGUAGUUCGCCAAAGCAGAAUCAAACCACAGCCGCGCAGCCCCGGUGCCUCCAGCAUUCGAAACAGUGUAUUAGGGAAUUAGGAAUCACCAUGCAUGAGCUACUCACAUUGUGGUUGAUAAGAUUCGGCUGUGGCUGGGCGGCCAAGCAGCACUGCAGCACUCGGGUCGCACAGCUCGCGUCGCAGGCUAACUCAGGUAUCUUGCAUUCGGCGCCUUGCCUCCGUUUGGCGGUCUAAUCGACAGGUUGGUUCAGAUGGCUGCUCUGCAGAGUGUUGAUGUCAUAUUAGCAUCCUAAACCCAUAUGGGUUUGAAGAUUUCGUCUUGUA